UGAAUUGAAUACUAACAUUGAAAAACUGGUAGUAGCUUGUCAUAUUUGAAAUAAUAUUCAAAAUAUUAGCUUUCCUGAUUUUUUAAAAUUUUAUGUGAUGCGCAAUGACAAUCAAAGUUCGCAGAGGGAAAAUAACUCAGAGGAGGCCAACAACGAGAAUGAAAACAAUACAAACAAUUAUGGCUUUGAGAAAGUCGCAGUAUUCCUCUCUUGGGCUCUAGUGGUUGUGCUUUUACCAAUAUCUCUGAUCUUUAUUAUGGCCGUGGCCUAUGAGUUCGAGCGUAUUGUGAUCUUCCGCCUGGGACGUGUCCGAAAGCGUUCCUAUGGCCCAGGAAUAGUGUACAAUCUUCCGUGCAUCGACGAGAUGGUUGCCGUGGAUUUGCGCACAGACGUGGUCAAUGUCGAUCCCCAGGAUCUGAUGACCAAGGACUCGGUUUCCAUUAGCGUGAAUGCAGUUGUAUAUUACUGCGUUGUGGAUCCCAUCGAUUCCAUAAUCAAGGUCGAAAACUACCGCCAGUCCACGGAGAUGAUUGCCCAGGUAACCUUGCGCAAUGUGGUGGGUUCUAAGCCACUCCACAUAUUAUUGACCUCCAGGCAGUUGCUCUCUCUCGAGAUCCAACGGGCGGUGGCCGAGAUCACCGGAAAGUGGGGAAUCCUUGUUGAGAGAGUGGACGUAAUGAAUAUAAAACUGCCAACUAGUCUGGAACGAUCAUUGGCGAGCGAGGCGGAGGCCAGCCGGGAGGCUCGUGCCAAAAUUAUCCUAGCCGAAGGCGAAGCCAAGGCCUCUCAAGCUCUCAGAGAUGCCUCUGAAGUUAUGUCUCAAAACCAAAUAACCCUUCAGCUGAGACAUAUGCAACUCCUUCCAUUAAUGGCCAGGGAGCGACGGAUGAAUGUACUUUUCCCCAUUCCCCUAGAACUGAUGGCUCCAUAUAUGGAUAAGGAGCCAGACAAGAACAAGGGCCAAAAACCUGAAAAAAAGAAGAGGAAAAUUGUUGAUUUUUAUACACCGAAAGUCAUUUUUAGUGGAGCGCCACCAGAGUUCUUCCAUAAUGAAGAACCUCCAAGCCUCAUUCAGCGCCUGAUCCUUCUUUUGAAACAUCCACAAAGAACGCACUCAUCACGUGAUAACAAAUCGGAAGAUGAAGUUUAUCCUCUUACGUCUACCUCCGCAGUUCCUAAGGAGAAUCUACCUCCUAUUCCUCCCCCUCCUCCUCGUCCAGUUCUCCCCCCAAUUCCACCCCAUCCAAAUAUGCCUCCUCUACCGCCACACCCUAAUCUCCCGCCGAUUCCCAAUCGCCCAAAUCCUCCUCAUAGAUCUCAAUCUAUGCCGCCGAAAUCGGCAGCUAGAAAACUUUAAAAAAGAUGAUAAAUACUAUUUAUAAUGGAUUAUUAUGUGUAUAUGUAGCCCUGUAUUUAAUGUCACUCCUGUGAAACUUUCAAACAAAAUACCAUCAAGCAUUUCAAAUACUGUCUUUUCAUUUACACUUGAGUUUUUUGCAACAUGGAUCAGAAAAGUGCACCUGAACCGGUGAGGGCUCACAAAGUCAUCCCAGACUGGACGAAGACUCCAGAAAUGCUUGAUAGCGGUCUUCUGAUCAGGAAAAUGGCAGAGGAAAUUACCAAGCGAGUUGUGGACAAAAUGGUAACGUCCCAGGAAUGCAUGCAACUGAAGCGCGAUCUGGAAGCCGAAAAUGUGAAUGAGUUCGAGAUUAGUCCGGCUAUCCUUUGCCUCAUACUGACUUUCGUUGUGUUUGUGAUCGCCUUUUGGGUUUGGCUAAUUUCAAGAAGUUGCGUAUUCGACCAAGUGGACAAUUGUAGUGACAAGCGCCUUCACGGUGGGCAAAUGUCAGGUACUGGAUCGGGGUCAGGAAGCGAUUCAGGUUCAGGAUCAAAAACAGCAAAAGGACCAGGACCAGGAACUUGUUCGCCAUCGAGGUCAGGGUCUGGAUCAAGGUAUGGUUCGGGAUGCGGUGCCAAAAGAUGCGAGGGUUACUUUUUGGGCGGACCUGGUCGUUACAGAGCUUGUUCCGCUGGCAGAAUGCAAAAUAGUAGCUCCGAUAUGAUGACAGGAAUGGCGGUUCCUUCACGCCCUUGGAGAAGCUGUCCCAUUAACUUGUGCCGGCAGGAACCUAUCCCAAGUUCCAUGCAACCUUAUAAAAAAACAUACAAUGCAGAAUAUUCUCCAACCACGGAAAUGGGAUCAUCACCCAUAGCCACGUCGCCUACAAAAACAGAAUCAUUAACCAGAGAAGCCAGUCGAAGCAGUGAGACGUUUUUCAAACCUGAGGAAAAGGAAAUGGGAGUCUCAUCCUGUCGGGCGGUUGCCGGAUCGCCUUCAAGCGGCUACCAAGUGUCUUCUUUCUCAUGUUCCGAAAAGGGUUUCCCUUUGCCCACAAAGAAAUAUCGUGUGCAAUGGUCAAAAUUUAUAAAAAUAGGUCAAAAGGAUAAGUUAAAUGGUUAAAUACUCAACUACAAACUUUAGUGAAGUUUGUUUCAAAUUAUAUUUUAGUUUUCAUUAAAACGGCAUAGUUUAUCAUUUUA